UGCACUUCGUAUCAUAUCCAACGCGCUCAAGUCGAUCUUCGGUUUUACUCGAUGUAAAUCCAGUCAUACAUUUACACUAGUUUUACAAAAUCGCGCGAUCGCGUUCUGUGCUGCCCUCGGUGGAGAAUACAGGCGACUAACGGACUUACCUCCAAUGCCGGCCCAACAUAGGGAUCAAACUCAUCUGUGUUCCCAAUUUGUCUCUCAGCCCUCUAUUGUAGAACUUUACCGUAUCGCAGCGCUUAGGAGAAAUAAGUGUAGGUGUUUUAAAACCCGGUAGAAACGCUAUGGGCAAACCCACGGAGGAGUGCCGCAGAGCACCGCAGAGUGCCGUGUCAGCAAUGGAACGGAGGGGGAUUAAGUUCGGCACAUUUCUAACAAUUUUAGCGGUAUUAGUUGGCAUUUACUACCGCAGCCUGGAAAAUCCUCUUCAGACUCGACUAACGGCGGUUUUAAAAGCCCUUGAAAAGGUAGAGAGCAAGCACGAGAUACCUGUCAGACGUAAAGUCGCGAUAGGUUAUGGCAUUUGCACUGACGUAUACAUUGACGCAAAGUCCUUAUUGCAUUAUUCAAAUGACAUUGGGAAUCCGGAGCAUUUCGACGAGAUAACCACUCGGGAACAGCUUUUAAAAAGUUUCGCGUAUUACUUUCGUUAUGGAGCCGCCGCGGAGCGGUACAUGCCUAAUACAACUUUGUUCGAUGAACUGGUUUCCCAGGCACGUUCUUUUCCUUCGUCGUAUUCAACGAUCGGGGGGAAUGCAGCAGUUAUGGCAUUUAGAUUUCUUAGGGAGGGUUGCGACGUUAUGUUGGCUGCCACGAUGACUCAGUCGUUGCAUCAAAUGAUUCCAGAAAGCAUUAAGGUUGUAGGUGGCAGAGUCGAUCGCGAUGAUACACAUUUAGUACUAGAGUACAAAAACGGCGAGUACUGGGGCCCUUAUUCGAGCGUAAGGGCAAACAGAUAUAUAAUUCAUAACGAUGUCAAUAAUCCCAUGGUCAGCUCAUUGGAUGAGUUCGACACGUUGUUAACGGAAUCUAGGCCUGAUUUGUUUGUUGUUAGCGGUCUUCAAGUAAUGGAUAAUUAUCCUUAUGUUGAAGGUCAACGUCGCGAUUUGUUAUUGAAGAUAAAGAAACAAAUGAUUAGUCAGUCAGAGUCGACUAAAAUUCACUUUGAGAUGGCCUCUUUUGUCGAAGAAAGUCUUCUCUCUGACUUAAUUAACCUUCUGAUCCCUUAUACAGACAGUUUAGGUAUGAACGAACAAGAACUAGCCAAUUUGUACAGUUCCAUGUAUUAUGGAAACAUUUCACUAGUAACCAACUCAAAUCCACGAGUUGCUACCGUUCUUGAUCAGAUGAGAACGUUAUUGAAACUGAUGUGGGAGAAAGGACAGUCUUUUGAGAAUGCCAGAAAACUAUCAAGAAUCCAUGUGCAUACUUUAGCUUAUCAGGCAAUUUUAAUUGUAAAAAAUUCUGCCUGGCAGAAUCUCAUAGCAGCUGCUGCCAAAGCAUCACUGACAGCAAAUCGUCAUGUUUGUGGAUCCAGUGACGUUGAUCUUCACAAAGCUGCCUUGAUUAUGGAUGACAGUUUCUCAACGUCAAUCAAGAAUGGAAAGAGAAUACCAUUUAAUGUAGAUAAACCAGUUUCCUGUUGGGAGGAACUGAUUAAAUGUAGUGGAGAUACUGUUGUCGUUGAAGUGUGCGUAGCACCAGUUCUGGUGUGUACGAAGGCUAGUCAAACCGCUGGUGGCGGUGAUAACAUUUCAAGUGCUGGUCUAGUGCUCCAGAUUUGAGUCAAUUAAUUGACAUUCUUAUGAUGGGAAUUUUAUACAUUCCUUCAAGUUAUUUUACUUGCCUCAAUCCUCUUGGCGAAAGUACUGAAAAACAAUUUCCAUAUACAUGCAUCCAGUGGAACACUGUUUUUAUUAAAAAAUGAUAAAUCUAUCAUGAUAUUCAAAUAUAAUCAUUCCAAUUUGAAAUUGAAAGGUCUAAUCGUGUUUUCAAGUAGAAUAAUGAAAAUGUAUUAAGGGCUACUAGUAUGUUGACCAAAGGAGACUUUUCAAUUUGAUAUUAACAAAGCAUGGAACAUUUUGUGAAUACUUCCUACUCAAUCUAGAAAUCCAUCCGGCUCACCCAAUUUUAUAUUUUCUGUACACCAAUUAAGCUUAAUUCAAAGAGUACCGAUGUAAAAAGAAGUCGAAAGAAUUUGUUCACACAAUGUUCCUAAUUGCUUUGGCCAUUUCUUGUCCUUUAUUGAAUGCAAACGUAAAGUUGCUAGAUAUUAAUUACGUCAAACAGGUCAUGUAUGAAUGGCAAGUGGAUAGUACUCGUGGAAGUCUACUUCGAAGGAAUUAUAUCACAGACUAUACGACGUCUAGUCUUGUAUUUUUCGCUGAUGUAUGACGUAAUGUAGGUACAUCACAUCUUGAAGAUUUAUGCAAUUCUCGGUUUUUAUUUCCUUGACAAGUGUAUGGAAAACGACGUUCAUGUCUGACUAUUUGUUCUUACUGCAGCGUGCAGUAUUAACACAGGCUGUAUAAUUUUAAUAGUAAUGUAUUGCUAUAAAUAAUUUGAAAUGUAAGGUAAAUUAAUGAAGAUUAGGUUUACGCCAAUGUCGUACUUUAGAAGUUUCAAUGUGAUAUGUUAAAAAAAAACCAGUUGAUGGUAGAAUACAGUUGUGUUCAAAUGUUAAUUUACACAGUACCUCAAACGAGUCACUAUCGCUGUGCCUCAAUUGUCACUAUUGUUAUACCACUGUUGGAUAUAUUUACUGGAUUCUAUGGCAUCAUAUAAAAUAGUAAGACUGAAUAAAUGUCCAUUCCCACCAA